AUGUUCUGCCGAGCGAGUCGCUUCAAUCAACCCCUCGCCUCCUGGAAUGUGUCUGCUACGACGUCUAUGGCGGGAAUGUUUCAGAGCGCACGGGAGUUCAACCAACCGGUUGGCUCAUGGGAUACUUCAGCCGUGCAGGAUAUGUCGGGCAUGUUCCUAAAGGCGGCUCGGUACAACCAGCCCAUCUCUUCCUGGAACACGUCGGCAGUUACGGACAUGAGUAGGAUGUUCUAUGGCGCCCGCGCCUUCAAUCAGCCGAUUGGUGACUGGGACACCUCAGCAGUAACCACCAUGAACAUGAUGUUCACGCAUGCUACGGUAUUCAACCAGCCCAUCGGGUCCUGGAACACAUCUGCCGUAAUAGGUAUUCAACCAUCCUCUCGCUGCAUGGACUACAUCUUCGGCGGUGGAUAUGAGCUCGAUGUUCCGGAAGGCCUAU